GAAGAAGAGUUUUUACCCACAAUCCACCGGUGGAGGGUGAAGGCGCCUUUUGCUGAACCUGUAGCUGCGUGUCCACCGCUAGUAGGACUGAAGGAUACCCCAUGCAUGCAAAUACUAACGCUGUGAUAUUUUUGCACCAGACGGCUUAUUUUGUUUGAUCGGUUUCACUUCAGUUGACGUAUAAGCGACGCUGGUAUGGCUCCGUUGAGCUUCGUGACAGCAAGUGUUAGCCUUUUGGCGAAGUCCUUCAAUGUCUUCACAUGCACAAGCACUCUGGCAAGAGUCGUCCAGGCUGCAUAUAGCAACCCAGUGAAAUGUCUGUGCACCCAAGCCAGUGGGCCCCCAAAGAGGCCUCUCAAUGGAUACAUGAGAUAUGUAGUGCAGCAGAAACCGCUCAUCGCAAGACAAAACCCAGAUUUAAAACUAGUAGUUAUCGUCAGUAAGAUUGCCCAGGCGUGGAGAACGAUGAGCCGGGAGCAGAAACAGCCGUUUGAAGAUGCCUUUCUGCGUGAGAAGGAACAAUUUGAGAUUGAUCUGAAGCAUUACCAGGCCCAGUUGACCCCAGCAGAGGUCCAACAACAGGCCAUAGAAAAGAGGCAAAGGAUGGCCAAGAGGAAAGCCAUCCGCAAGAAGCGGGAGUUAACCAACAUGGGGAAGCCCAAACGCCCUCGCUCACCAUUCAACAUCUUCAUGUCAGAACAUUAUGAGGAAGCCAAAGGAACCACCACACAGGCAAAGAUGAAGUCAUUGUUUGAGGACUGGAAGGAUCUUGUCAGCAAUCAGAAGCAGGUGUACAUACAGUUGGCCGAGGAUGACAAAAUUCGUUACAAGAAUGAGAUUAUGGCAUGGGAAGACCACAUGUUGGACAUCGGACGAGAAGACCUGAUCAGAGAAAUGACUUUGUCGGCCAAGAAAAAAGCUGCACAAACAUCAAAGCCCAAGACAGUAAAGAAAGCGGAAGCUAAAAGGCCCACUGCCAAAGCCGCAUCGACAGCAACCACUAAGGAAACAACAAAAAGCAGCGCUUCCAAAACUUUGAGAAAGAUAAAAAAGACUUAAGCUUUGUUAUCAGUGGAGUCUCUGGUUAAAGGUGUUGUAGACUACUAUUGUUCCCGUGACACACAUCUUCUCUUUGUUUAUCCUCUGAAUUGGAACGACACAAAACUGUCAUCAGGCAAAGCCAAUUAAACACCCAAUUUGUAUUGUGUUCACCAGAAAUUAAAAGCAAUAAGCAUCCAAAUUGUCAUUCUCCAGGCAUCAGUCAAUUGGCUGUUUGACCAAUUUGAGAGGUUUGGGGAUGAAAGAAUUAGUGACUGAGGGGCCUUUGUGAUAGCAGUGCUUACAAUGCACACUCCAUAGACGGCAGUGUUGGGACACUUGGCCAUUGCGCUGACAAAAAGUGACAAUAGCAGAAACCCCCUUCUGCAGCUCAAAUGACUUUGACUUUCCACUUGAUUUUUUUAAUACACUCGAAAUUUUAAGACCGGAUUGAAAAUUUGCAAGAAUUUACAUUUUGCACUCUUAAAGAGGUUCUAAGUAGAUCUUCAAAAUGCAAAAAGAAGAAAUUGCAAACAAGCAUUAAAGUGAAAAAUAAGCUCUUAAAAGCCAAAAUCCUGGCAAAAAUGUGGAUUCAAUGUCAUUUUCUGUCAGGUAUUCACAGUGUCAUGGUCUCUUGAUGGCAAAGGCAAAAAAGCCUUUUCUCUUUUAAGGAUCCGAUUGGCUGUCCGUCAAGACACGGGAUGAUCCUCGGCCCAGUUGAGGGUCGUUACUGGUGCCGAGUGCAGUCCGAUAACCAUCAGGCGGCAUCUACGAGAGAAGGCGUUUGAGAACAAAAAAUGUCUUCAAAAGCCCCGUCUCCUUCGCCGUUUGGAAUUUGCACAAGACAUUGAAAGGUUGAAGAAAGUUUUAUUCUCUGAUGGGGGAAAAAAAUUAACCUUGAUGGUCCUGACAGCUUCCAGGGUUACUGGCAUGACAAGGAGAUCCCACCUGAGGUGUUUUCCACACGGCACAGUGGAGGGGUGGUCCAUCAUGAUCCUACAAUGGAGCUUCAGGUUGUGCAGGGGCGUCCAACGGGCGUCACAGCUAUGUGGAGAUGUUGCAUGGGGCAUCACUCAUGACUGAAGGCCCUCGUCUGUGUGGUAAUGACUGGCUUUUUCAACAAAUCAAAGCUGCAGUUCACAAUGCCCGCCGCUUUUGGACCAUCCUGCGUGUUCCCCUGAUCUAAAUCCAAUUGGGAACAUUUCGGGGUGGAUGGCAAGGGAAGUUUACAAAAAUGGACAUCAGUUCCAGACAAUGGAUCCCCUCUGUGGAUGCCCACCUGGAGCAACAUUCCCUCAAGCCUCCUGGAAACACUGGCAUCAAGCAUACCCAAACCCAUUUUUGAGGUGAUUAACAAGAAUAUCUAUUUUAGGGGGAUUUCUAGUUUUUUUUUUCCCCCUUUCUGGUCUUAAACUUUUCAUCAUCUGAUCACUUUAAUGCUCGUCUGCAAUAAAUUGCGUACUCAGCUGUAGUUUGUGUCUCACUCUUGUUUCUUCUUUUUGCAUUUUGAAGGUCUACUUAGAACCUCCUUUGGAUCCGACAGUGCAAAAUGUAAAUUCUUGCCAUUUUUCAACCGGUCUUAACUUUUUGAUCAUGGGAAAUUCUUUGCAGAUAGCAUUUCUUCAGCCGGAUGCUCCCCCGAAACUCUCUAAUUACCGUCACUCAUUAUCUAAUGAGACACCUGCAUAAAACAAUCUUCCCAGUAUUAUAAAUACUUAGUAUUAUUUUUAAAAAAUAGUUUUUUCCAAGUAUUUGCAGAGGCAUCUGCAGUGUUUGUAAAGGCACAAUGUUUGUAGUGAAUCUGAUUAGAAUCUUCUAGUAUACCAAUAGUCCAUUUCAAAAUCACUGCACAAUUAAUGAAUAUAAUAACUUGAGUCACAUUCUGUAACUCUUCCGGUCUACCUGUAUCCCUACUGAUGACACUCGAGCUCAGUGGCCACUUCCCUCUGACUGAGAUCAUCCUGUUGAUCAAUUAUGUGUGGUCUUGGUCUUGAUUGAUGAUGUCAUAAGGUGAACAGCAUGUGAAUACCAAUUCAAACGGCACCAGGACGUUUACUGGUGGAUUCAUGGAUCAGUUGGACAUGUGCGUUCAAAGGUUUAGAGAAGGUCAAAUGAAGUUCACCUGGAAUAAUUUAUAGUGCGUUUGUGCCCGGAUUGUAAGAAAACCAGGCGGGGCCCUUUUGUAUCAAAUGUGCAGCUAGUUUGUUACUUCACGAGUCAUUUUUUUGUAACAUAAGUGUGAAAUGUUUGCAUUGUAAGAUAAAAGUGGAACAGCAGCAAUCGGCUUCCUAUUAUUUCUCCAGUCGCCUUUCCAUCCAAGUAAUCCACAAGAAUGUUACUUUUCAAAUGCGGCACACUUCUUUGCUCCCUUUUAACUGUUUCACCUUAACUUUUUAUAUAUAUUUUUUUGUAGUUUUUGUGUAUGAUUUAAAGUCGCAUCCGUUACCAUGCAAACACUGUUAACAGUAGAACGUGACCUUAGUGACUGUUGUCUAUGUACUCUCCAUUUGAAUAAACAUGUACUGUAUUAUGCUCGCCUAAUAUUGUGAAAUUAAUAAAACAAUUGAAAUCAUAACAAAUAAGAAUAAAAAUAAAAGAAUUGAGGGAAAGAAUGGAAGAAAAAAAAGACAUCAGAAAUGACCUUAAAAAUCGUAGCACUCGUUUGUACGUGUGAAUGUUUGUUUCUACGCUCCUGAUCAAAAUUUUGAAAAAAUGCAGGAAUUUAUAUUUUGCACUGUUGGAUCUUAAGGAGGUUCUAAGUAGAGCUUGGAAAUGCAUAAA